AUCAUUUUGUUUCAGAAUAUUUUAAAUUUGUAUUCAUUUUUCUUGAAAUCGAUUGCAAUGGUAAUUUAGCAAAUAGAGUGGGAAUAUUUAUUAUGACUUUCUCAUAAAUCACAGAAUGUGCCUAUUGUUUGGGUGAUGGGCGGACCAAGCAGCGGGAAGAGCACGAUGUCCCAAAAUAUUGUGGAUAAGUACGGCUACAAACUACUGUCUCCUAGCGAGUUGGUGGAGAGAGAGAUUCGGUCUAAUUCUGUAAAGGGUGUUGAAUUUGCUGCAAAGCGUCAAGAGGGUCACGAAGUUCCUCUCGCGGAAUGUGUGCACCUGCUAGAAAGCGAAAUAAUGAGCAAUCGAGGUUCUCUCAGAGGUUUCGUUAUAGAUGGCUAUCCGCAAAAUCAGAGUGAUGCUGCAAUUUUGGAGCAAAGCAUCGGAGUUCCCGAUUUGAUCAUUGCUUUGGAAAUUGGCCAGCAAACAGCGGAGACGCGUAGAUCGGUGGAUAGCACCACUCUCCCAUCAACAGUUAGUUUCUAUAUGAGAAAUGCUCAGCCGGUGUUAGCUCAAUAUUCGGAUAAAAUAAUGCAAAUUGAUGCGGAACGCAAUUCCAGCGACAUUUUCAAUGAUGUGGUGCCCAAUAUAGACGCAAUUGCUAAGAAUUAUGGCAAUCCUAUUGCAAUUUCACGUUCCUCACAUUAACAUGGCGCAAUUAAUCAAAAUUCAAGUUGGAAACACAAAAAAUCUUAAAAUUGUAUUGCACAGA